UUCUAGCCUACGAGCUAAAACAACGUCUACGCAGGCCAAGAGGCUGAGCGCAGCAAGGAUCGAGUCUCUCGACAAAUAGGGCGCAUGUAGCGUGCGAAUAGGAAGUAACAUACGGGCAAGUAUGUCAGCAAAACUCGAACAAUCCGUUGAUGGGACUUGGCGGCAUGAGCUUAAUUCAAUGCUUGUUGAUCUUGGUGUUAGGGUAGUGUGGCUGUACCUGGAUGCGCAGGGCUCGUCGACUCCUAAACGGGUAUCCGUUGCGGUGCGGGCGACGCCGAGUUGGUGGUUAGGACAGGCUUUGAGAGCGAUGAUUGGCCAUUCGUUGGGGGCUGGGGAUGUUAGGUCAACCGCCCCAUAGUACAUACGAGGUUUUAUUAUCGCUAGGAGAUUUAGGGUCGGUAUCGUAGAAGGCUUGUUGUUGGUCUGACGAGAGAUUUUGGUGUUAUUCCCGUGGGGACCGCCUCGCGCACACUACGGACGUCUGAGAACCACUAAGAACGUAAUAAGUGAGCUGAAACGAGUCGGUGUGUCUAAAGGAACAAGCCUUGACGAGACCUGCGAUUGCCAUUUUCCUCAAGUAUCAAGUAGCGUUCUGCUGCAGUUGUUUUCUUGAUUCAUUUUCUCUGUACCAGAUGCCUGGCCCCCACUUGUACAUAGGUAUCAAUUCAAAAGCCCCACGGAUACAAGUAUCCUGAACUUCAUACCAUUAUUCAUGUUCGGCCGAGCAGACAUGCAUGUCGCGGUUGGCGAUAAUAGCCACAGGUCAUUGUAUGGGAAACUGUAGUAAUAGUAACAUUUGAAUAUUACUGUAGUAAUCACUACGGUAAGCUCGGCUUUUCCCCAACCCUACUACAGACACAUUGAUUUCAAGGAACAUCAGACUCACUAACAUGCUCGUUGGUCCCAAACAAACACCGCCUGAAAACUACACAGCCACAUAUAUACAUUCGUGCGUUCUUGUCCUACAAUAUAUUCCUCACCUCUUCGCAUCCCACUUUCCCACCUGCAAGAUUGUUCUAAUCGGAAGUUGACGGGUUUCCUACACUCAAAAAGCUGGUUGAAUAAGGUGACAAAAAGGUUCACGGGAGAUGUGUUUUGCUUUCAGCGCAGGGCCACGGCGCAUCAACCACAUCAAAUCCCACCUGCAACACCCCACCCCAACCAGCCCAUUUACCAAACAGACAAACAAUCAGGGCGUCCACCCGCUACAAUCUCUAUCCCAUCCCAAGCUAAGCGAACCUCCAACCCUUACCCUCCUCCUCCCAAAGACCCACCUACAAGCGAAGAAAAAUAUGACGUCUAUCCUACCAUUCUCCUACCCUACAAAAAACCCAUCACCCAAGACAAGCCACCCCACCCACGAUCUCCAUUCCAGCAAAGAGAAUUUUUCUUAUUCCUUUCUGUGCG